AUGACCUUCUCUAUGGAUUUGAACGCAUCGCCGUUGCCCGACGAUGAUGAGCAUCAGCCUUAUGAUGAUGAGCAGGUUGAGGUUGAGUAUCCUCACAAGGAACCUGUUGUUGAGUCUGCUGUCGCAACAAUGCGCCGGGAGCGUGAAGAGAGACGCAAGAGACUAAAGAGAGAGCAGCAGGAUGAUGGUUCAAGGCUACAUUCCCAGCAGAUUAGGAAUGAUUAUGUUCCUCAACCCAAAGGACAUAGUCGCAUUAAAGAGACACCUCAGGGCUGGUUGGACUGUCCUGCAUUUGGGGAGCCAAUAGAUAAAAUCAUACCAUCCAAAGUUCCUCUUGAUGAAACAUUCAAUGAGUCGGUGCCUCCCAGGAAGCGAUACUCCUCGAAGCAACUAGUUAACAAACAAAGAAAAGCUGGUCGUGUAAUAUGUCUGGUGAUUGAUUUGACAAAUACCACCCGGUAUUAUUCACCAGCAGAAUGGACGAUUCAAGGUACUAAGCAUGUCAAGAUUCCAUGCAAGGGGGGAGAUGCUGUACCUGACAAUGAAUCUGUUAAUGUGUUUGUCAAUGAGUAUUACAUAACCACUUUUUUUUUCUACGCAAUAAAUAUAUUUGCUCAAAGGCGGCCACCUGGCAUAUACAAGAGGGACUACAUUGAAGCACUGUAUUCAUUUUACCAUGAGGUCCCUGAGAAUAUGAUGAUAGCAUGCCCUCCAACACCAGAAUGGAAGAGACCAGAUGAUCUUGAUUUAAAUGGAGAAGCUAAGCAGGCUGAUGAUGAUGAUGACAAUGCUUAUCUUAAACCACCGCAUAAUGAGUCAGAGGAUAAAGUCAUCAUCAAUGACGAUGUGUUAGGGGUCCCUGCGCCAUAUGACCAGCAAAAAGCUUUGUGUGACAUAUGUUAUCCGUUGCUUGAAAUGCCCAUUGGAAGAGGUCCACAAUUUCCUGGAUCACAUCCAGUUUCGCUUAACAGUGAUAAUCUGCAACUACUUAGACAGCGAUACUACUUUGCUACAUGGAAAGCUGAUGGAACACGAUAUAUGAUGCUUAUUAUGAGAUAUGGCUGUUUCUUAAUUGAUCGGAAUUUUUGCUUUAGAAGGGUCCAAAUGCGCUUUCCCCAUAGAAGCCUCGAAGGCCUGCAUGAUAUGACCUUGAUUGAUGGAGAGAUGAUUAUAGACACGGUACCAGAUUCAGGCUUGAAGAGAAGGUACUUGGCAUAUGAUUUUAUGGCGCUUGACGCAGUGCCCAAAACCAAGUUGCCGUUUUCUGAAAGAUGGAAAAUGCUGGAAGAUGAAAUAAUAAGACCACGUUAUCAUGAGAAAAGGCAGUUUGAGAGUGGUGCUAAGAGCAAUCCGCUGUACAAAUAUGACAUGGAAUUAUUUUCGGUUAGGAGAAAGGAUUUUUGGGUGCUCUCCACAGUGAAAAGGUUGCUUAAGGAGUUUAUUCCAUCACUUUGCCAUGAUGCUGAUGGCCUUAUAUUUCAGGGCUGGGAUGAUCCAUAUGUAACUCGUACUCAUGAAGGUCUUCUAAAAUGGAAGUACCCUGAGAUGAAUUAUGUGGACUUUCUGUUUGAGACGAUGUGGAUCCAUCCUCUGUCGCUGGGAGGAUUGUUGAGUGUUCCUGGAAUAAGGAAGAGAAGUGUUGGGCCUGUGAUGAGGAGUAUCACAGAUAACAACAUUACCAAGGAAAAGCUUCUCGAAGAGAUUGAUGAGAUAACGCUCCUCCCGAUGUAUGCUGAUAGGAUGCAUGCUCAUCAUAAAGAUGGCUCAACAACGGCGGAGAUGAAGAAACCAGCCGCUAGUCUCGUUGCUGCGCUCUCCUCCUGCCUCUGGUUCCUGUAG